AAUAAAUACAGAGCGCCGUCGAAGAAAAACUUUAGUUGACAAAGAAACGUUGACUGGUUAAGUGAAUUUUUUACUUUAAUUUGCUUUUUGCGGUUUAUGUUAAAAGCCAUCAUGAGUUCUGGUUUCCACCUGGCUAAAGGAUCCCCCAAACCCACUCUGCCCGAAGAUGGCCUUCUCCGCCUGUUCUCCAUGCGCUUCUGUCCUUACGCCCAGCGGGCCCAUCUCGUCCUGAACGCCAAGAACAUCAAAUACCACACCGUCUACAUCAAUCUCACCGAGAAGCCGGAAUGGCUGGUGGACUACAGCGCUCUCCUAAAGGUUCCAGCUCUGCAGUUGCCGGGCGAGAAGGGCCAGCCCUCGCUCAUUGAGUCGCUGGUGAUUGCCGAGUACCUGGAUGAGAAGUACCCUCAGAACCCGCUGCUGCCCAAGGAUCCCCUGAAGAAGGCCCAGGACAAGAUCCUGGUAGAAUGCUUCAGUGGAAUCACUGGUGCCUUCAUGAAGAUUCUCACCCAGAAUGCCAAUAUCGAAGAAUUUUGGGUGGCGCUGGAUAUUUUCGAGCAGGAGAUUACCAAACGGGGAACACCCUACUUUGGUGGUGACAAGCCCGGCUUUGUGGACUACAUGAUCUGGCCCUGGCUGGAGCGCCUGCCUGUGCUGGAGUUUGCCACAAAGGAGAGCUACAGCUUCGAUGAGAAGCGUUUCGCCAACGUCUCCAAGCUUAUCAAGCUUUUGAAGGAGGAUGCGGUGGUGAAGUCCUUCUACGCUACUCCGGAGCAGCACCUGGAGUUCUGGCGCACCCGCAAGGCAGGCAAAGCCAACUACGAUCUUUUGGCUUCCUUGUAGUUUGAGAUUUAAAGCUAAAUAACUUUAAUUUAACUAAAAAUAUUUAAUGAAAAGUUAUCUAAAAAUUACUACAAAAAAUACAAAAAUAUUUAAAAAUCUAAGA